UGACAGGAGAGGACAUAAAACUCGGACAGUGACUUUUUUAAAAUCCGCACCACAACUUUUCUUUUCUUCGCCAAACAACGAGCUCCUUCGUCUCCAAUGAAGCACUGUUUCACCGUGUUGAGUUGUCGUACGUGGUGAAUUUGGCCCGUUUUGUCGCCAUGAGCUGCCUCGAUGUGAUGUAUCAAGUGUACGCUCCACCUCAGCCUUACUUUACCGCCACUUACAGCCCCUAUCACCACCAGAAACUCGCCUCUUUCUACACGAAGAUGCAGGAAGCGCAGGACGCGGCGACCGGAAGCGGCUCGUUCUCCAGCGCGCACGCGCCGCCGGUAAAGGAAGAGGAGCCGCGUGACCCCGCGCCCGAGGCCGAGUACCUGAGCGCGCGCUGCGUGCUCUUCACCUAUUUCCGGGGAGACAUCAGCUCCGUGGUGGACGAGCACUUCAGUCGCGCACUCAGCCAGGCCGCGGGACACGCCCACUCUUCCGGCGGCAAGCCCGCGCGAGGCUCCGGUUCUUGGAAAGACGGAUCGUUCCCGAUGAGUCAGCGAAGCUUCCCUCCCUCAUUCUGGAACAGCGCGUAUCAGCCAUCAGUCACAGCAUCUCUUAGCAGCGCUCUGGGCACGUCCCACACGGAGCUCCCCUUCGCAGCUGACCCUUAUUCCACUGCCUCCCUGCACAGCCACCUCCACCAGGCUACGCCAGAGCCAUGGCACCCCACACAUCACCACCACCACCCCUACACGCUCAGCGGGGCCAUCAGCACCCAGAGCUCAGCCUACCCCCGGCCCUCCAUGCACGACAUGUACGGGACACACUUUGACCCGCGAUAUGGCUCUCUGCUGGUUCCCUCAGUGCGGCCACACAGACUGCCCACUGCCACAGUGCCUGCUCCCGGACCCUCGCCGUGCGACAUCAGCAAGAGUGAGCCGACAAGCUCCGCCUGGACUGGAGCCUUCACUGGGACGGGCUCCGAUAUGAGCCAGGGUCUCAGCUUGAACGUGGACACAGGUCUGCAGAGCCAGGAUAAGAGCAAGGACUUAUACUGGUUUUAGCGCCCUGCUGAACCUCCAGCCUCAGCUGACUUCUUGUCUUUUUCUGCCUUUGUAGGCAACAGCAGGGCCUUUUUUCCGUAACAGAUUCUGAUUCUCACUUGCAGCUCGGCGCUACGCGCUCUGCGGCGGAGGCAUCCUGAGCUGAAAUCAGGCCAAAGUGGAUGACCCAACCCCCCUUCACCCAACCCCACCUCAGGCCCCAGGCACCAAGAGAGAGCCCCAUACUGAGACACUGUAAGCUAACAGAGACUCCGGGUGAGACGUGGAGAAAAACAGCCUUCCAGAAAUACAUGGCGGUGUGACCAUGCGAGCAGCUGUUCUUUCGCUGGCUCGCUCACCCGCUUGUUCUUUCUCUCCUCUCUUGCCAGCCUCAAAAGCUCUCAGCCCCUUCCAAAGUGGACACAUGGUCCAAAAGAAAUAAAAAGAACAAGCGACUCCUUUUUUUUGGGUGGUGCUGGGUGGGGUGGGGAGUGAAUGAGAACUGAAAAAAAGGUCAGAAGUGACCGGACGCCCUUUACAUGGGGGACCAUAGCCAGUGCCAGAGGAGAGGCUGCUGUAUUAUUGUGACUGUCUUCUUUUUUUUAUUAGAAAUUAGAGACUCUGAUGAGAGAGCAGCAUUCCCUAUCAUGACAGAAGAGAGCAGGGGCUAUUUGAAGCCACUUGACUCUAUCUAUAUUGCUCUCGACAGCUGUCAUCGACAACUGUUUUGGAACUCCACACGCACACACAAUGGCAGUGUCGCUGUGCAGCGUUUUGACCAAGCAGGGGCUCAGGAUUUCAUAAAAGGAGCGUUUUGUCAAUUCUGGACCCCCACCCACACAGGGAACAACUGGUUUGGCUUUUUGAUUUAAGGAUGAAUGACUGGGGGAGGUGGGGGUAAAAGGAAGUGCCAGCGGAUGGACAUCGUCCAUGUUAUUGUACAUACUAAAUGUGACUCAUGUGAUUAGCCGGCUCAGUUGGUAUGAGUAGCUGUGAACACCCUGCCGUAAAAAUCAUGUUCUUUCAUUGUGAGUUCUCUUCAAAUUUCACUCAUCACUGUUUCUGUGCGAGAGGUCCUAUAGUUGUAUUUUGAACAUAUUAAUAUAUUACAUUGUAAAGUAUUUCUCCUUGAUAGCGCAUUGAGGAGCAUUCAAUGUUAUCUGUUUUAUCUGUGCUCACUUUUCUUCAUCUUUAAGGAAUGAAACAGUGUAAUUAAAACUGCAACUACAUGCAA